AUAUGGGGUUGUACGUUGUACAUCAAGGCUCUCUCUCAGCGGCUUCUACAUGUAGAUACAUCUUAGCUCCAUAUCACUCAGGCACAAAUUGCUUCUCUAGCCACAAUCUCAUCUACUUCUAUAGCCCUGGGAGUUGGCAGGAUGGCAGCCUCUUGUCUGAUUCACAUGUGAGGAAACCGAGGCUCCAAGAGUCUCAAUGACUUUUCCAAGGCAACAUGACCCAAGUCUGGGAGGACAGGAUUACAGUAGCUUUUCCCAGUGAGAGAGGGCCUGAGUCUAGUCAUUCUUGGCUAGCAGACUAAGCUGGUUCCUGGGGGACUCUCCAUGCCCAUAGAGUCCUUGCUGGGCCUUGGACCUCGGUCCUAGCCUGUCUGUCCUUUUGUUUUGUUUUGUUUUAAGUUUAUUUAUUUUGAGAGAGAGACAGAGAGCGAGCGAGCAUGCGUGUGCUUGUGCUCACACAGAAGUGGGGGAGGGGCAGAGAGCGAGAGGGGGAGAGAGAGAAUCCCAAGCAGGCUCUGCACUGUCAGCACAGAGACCGACAUGGGGCUCAAACUCACGAACUGGGAGAUCAUGACCUGAGCCCAAGUCAGACACUUAACAACUGAGACACCCAGGCGCCCAUGUCUGUCCUUCUAUUUGCCCACAUAGCCCCCAUUUGCCUCCACAGUCAGUUGCAAUAAAGUGACUACUGAGGCCUCAGCUUGGGGAGGGCCUUGAGAGACCUUCUCGGUGGCCCCUCAGAGAGGGGUGGCGCCUGCCCAGGACACACAGCCCAGCCUGGUGGACAGGUGACCGUGUGGGAAGUUCAGACUUGACCUUCUAAGAUCAGGUUCCCAUGGUCCCCGUGCAGCCACCGCCCCCCACCCCAAUUCUGGAGCAUGCGUACACGAGGACCUAAAGGCACCCAGUGCACAUUAACACAUUUAUCCACCUGUGUAGAGUUCUAUCUCCCUGCAGAUGUGCUUCUAUGUGUGGACUCCCUCCCCACCCACCCCAGACAUACACAUGACCCCGGCCCACAUCCCUGCCUGUACAAGUUCUCUCACAUGUGGCCGCACAUUCUCUCACGUAUGGACACAUGCCCUCAGAUGCAUAGCCUCAGGUGCCAGGCGCCGUUGCCCGGACAUGAGGCUGGAACCUGGGGCCUCCCCAGUGCCUCCUGCGCAGACAUGCUUAGUCACCAGAAUUUGAUCCAGGGAGGAGGGAGGGUGGAGGGCCUGACGUCAGCCCUCAUAGCCGCCUUGUGCCGCCUGCACAUCCAUCUGGGCCACAGCGUGUCCUAGGCAAUCACAACAACAGCAGCACAACAACUCACUUUUACGGAGCUUCCGCAGUGACAGGCUCAGUUCUGAGACUGGUACGGACAGGAUUCACACGUUUAUGCCUCACAACUACCCAGGGAGGUGAGACUGCUAUUAGCCCCAUUCUGUAGAUGAGGAAAACUGGGGCACAGAGGUGAAGUCACCUGCCCGUGGACCCAGACCAGGAAGAGAUGGGGACAGCAGCCUGGCAUCAGAGCCUGGACCCUUAACCAGGUUCCCAGUAAGGCUGCACAGAGGACCCCCUUAACUGUGGCAAUGGAAGGGGGCCCAGCAGUCUGCUGCCAGGACCCUCGGGCAGAGUUGGUGGAGCGAGUGGCAGCCAUUGAUGUGGCCCACUUGGAGGAGGCAGGUGGUGGUCCAGAGCCUGCCAGGAAUGGCGUGGACCCUCCACCAAGGACCAGAGCUGCCUCUGUGAUCCCUGGUGGUGCUUCAAGACCCCCACUAGCCCGGCCCAGCCUUUCAGCCAGGAAGUUCUCCCUGCAAGAGCGGUCAGCAGGAAGCUGCCUGGAGGCCCAGGCUGGGCCUUAUGCCACAGGGCCUGCCAGCCACAUCUCCCCACGGGUCUGGCGGAGGCCCACCAUUGAGUCCCACCAUGUGGCUAUCUCAGAUACAGAGGACUGUGUGCAGCUGAACCAAUACAAGCUACAGAGUGAGAUUGGCAAGGGUGCCUACGGCGUGGUGAGACUGGCCUACAACGAAAGUGAAGACAGGCACUAUGCAAUGAAAGUUCUUUCCAAAAAGAAGUUACUGAAGCAGUAUGGCUUUCCACGUCGCCCUCCCCCAAGGGGGUCCCAAGCUACCCAAGGAGGACCAGCCAAGCAGCUGCUGCCGCUGGAGCGAGUGUACCAGGAGAUUGCCAUCUUGAAGAAGUUGGACCAUGUGAAUGUGGUCAAGCUGAUUGAGGUUUUGGAUGACCCAGCUGAGGACAAUCUCUAUUUAGUGUUUGACCUCCUGAGAAAGGGGCCGGUCAUGGAGGUGCCCAGCGACAAGCCCUUCCCCGAAGAGCAAGCUCGCCUCUACUUGCGGGACAUCAUCUUGGGCCUUGAGUACUUGCACUGCCAGAAGAUCAUCCACCGGGACAUCAAGCCGUCCAACCUGCUCCUGGGCGAUGAUGGGCAUGUGAAAAUUGCCGACUUUGGCGUCAGCAACCAGUUUGAGGGGAACGACGCUCAGCUGUCCAGCACUGCUGGGACUCCAGCGUUCAUGGCCCCCGAAGCCAUUUCUGAUUCCGGCCAGAGCUUCAGUGGGAAGGCCUUGGACGUGUGGGCCACUGGGGUCACAUUAUACUGCUUUGUCUAUGGCAAGUGCCCGUUCAUCGACGAUUACAUCCUGGCCCUGCAUAGGAAGAUCAAGAAUGAGGCCGUGGUGUUUCCCGAGGAGCCAAACAUCAGUGAGGAGCUCAAGGACCUAAUCCUGAAGAUGCUAGACAAGAAUCCUGAAACAAGGAUUGGGGUGCCAGACAUCAAGUUGCACCCCUGGGUGACCAAGAGUGGGGAGGAGCCCCUUCCCUCAGAAGAGGAACACUGCAGUGUGGUGGAGGUGACCGAGGAGGAAGUGAAGAACUCGGUCAAGCUCAUCCCCAGCUGGACCACGGUGAUCCUGGUUAAGUCCAUGCUGAGAAAGCGUUCCUUUGGGAACCCAUUUGAGCCCCAAGCUCGGAGGGAAGAGCGAUCUAUGUCUGCUCCAGGAAACUUACUGUCGAUGCUGCAGGGAGGAGACGUUGUGCACCCCCACCCCCAUCUUCCGCCCCUUCCACCCGCUGUGUGGAAAAGGCGUGCUCCCUAGAGAGGAAAGACAGGUGUGGCGAAGGGGGCAAGAGCCUGGAGCUCCCCGGCGUUCAAGAAGAUGAGGCUGCAUCCUGAGCCCCUGCAUGCGCCCAGGGCCGCCGGCAGCACGCUCAUCCCACGCCUCCAAAGGCCCACUGCCCUCAUGCCGACAGUCGCCCCUGCGGGCAGGGGGCUGAGGACUGUGGCCCCUCUUCCGGCCCUCCUCCUUCUAUCAUGCUGCAUGACCUCAGCGCGCAAGUCCAGGGACAGGACUGGAAUGUUUGUCAUCUGGGGCUUGGGGGGCGGGGCUCCCGUAAGGCCUUUCUCCUUAUCCUGGCUCUCCCUGAUGGGAUCCAUCCUAUGGGAAAGAGAGGUACCCAUGGUGCCUUAGAAACACCACCUGGCUGCUUGGCAAGGCAGGAGGUAGGAAACCAAGGUAGCAGGUGGAGUCCUGGCUUACCACCAUAGCAGAGACCGCCCACGGGGAGCCAGGCGGGCCUGGCUCACUGCCUCAUGCGCAUGGAGAGCUGUACCUUGCCCACCUCAGAGGGGGUCCUGCCAGAGCUCUUGUCUACUGAGAAUGCUGACAUGGAGGCUCUGAGCCCUCAGUGGGUAUUCCUAGGCCUCAGGGAGGCAGGGGCCAGCAUUGGAGAAUUCAGAUUCCUUUUUUGCUGUCUUUUACUUUUGUUUUUAAUGUCAGGAGUGGAGUGGUGUAAAAGCCUGCUUGGGAACACCUAGAAAGCUCUCCUACAGCUUUGGGUGGUUCCUGGCACACUCCUCAUUAUUUGGCAGCCAGGUGGGAUGGACUGACCUUCCUUGAUUUUGUCACACUCGGCGCCACCGGGAGAAUGGGUUAAAUGAAAGCUUCCGGCAGGGGCCUGAGCCAGGAGCACCCACCUUCCCUGCCCACUUUACUCCCUCCCCGUGUGGCUCCCCUGUAGGAGAGACACCAGGGGCUGGCUGACCAAAGGCUCUGGACUCACAGGGCUGUGGCCUUGCAGAUGCUGAUGUAACUGGAAUCCAAUCUCCGACCCUACACUGGCCUACCCAUCUGGCCCCAGAAGCUGCCCUCACGUUCCUACAAUGAAGGACAAACUGCCCAGGUUGGAGGCAGCACUGGAAGCGGGACCCUGGUGGGGUGUGCAUGCUGGCAAGUGGCCACAGAGAGGUGGGCCUCCUGCCACUGCCUCACCCCAAAGACAGUUGACAUUCGGCCUGCUCAGAGCUGGUGCACUGGAGCAUGUGUGUGGACCUGGCCAUGCUGGGGCAGACUUUAUCUUCUCCCUGGGAUCUGUGCCUGGUUGGCUUGGCACUUACUGACCAAAUGCUCAAGAGAUUGACCCCAAAGGAAAAUAAAGCAGGACUCAGAUACCUCCCCUGAAAACAUGGGCUAAACACGGAUUUCAGUUGCCUCCGUGGGGUUCCUACUGCAGGAAGGCGGGCACUGAGAAGGAAAGGGAGGCUGGGCUGGAGGAGUGUCUGUGUCCUGUUCAUCUUUGUGCCUGUGGGUAUGUGUCGCGCCUCCACGCACACACGCAUGUGCGUGCCCAUCUGCUGCACACAGCACACCUGCAUGUCUCGCACUGGCACGUGCAUCUGUAAUAUAGUUUCUAUGUGUCUUUAAGGCUAUGAGCAGAAUGUGGCCCAUUGUCAAUGGGCCCACAUUUCUCCCUGGCCCCUCUGCACUAAGGCAUUGUAACCCAGGGCUUAAACAAUAAUUCGAUACUGUUUUUAAGAACACUUUUUCAGAGUUCAUGGGAGGCUAAUCACAGAUCCACAAGUUUCCUUGAGCAUCUCUACACUGGGGCCCGGAGGGUGGGAGUUUCAGGGGCCUACAUCGAUUGGACCUGCCCUCGCAGACCUCAAAGGUGGGCCUGGCUUCAUUGCCCACGUGAGCCUGGAUGGGGUGCUUACCGCAUCACUGAAGGUUUGGGUUAGCAUUAUUGCUUUUGAAUGUAGCACAAAUGAUAAACAAACUCCAUAAGAGUGUUUAAAAAAUUAACUUCCCAGGAAGUGAGUUAAAAACAAUAAAAGCCCUUUCUUGAGUUCAACAACA